AGCGCAUUCCCCCAAGAGCUGAGAGGGAUCAGAGCAACAUCUGUAUUAUAAAUGUGUGUGUGUUAUAUUUAUAUUACUGCACACACACACACACUUUUUUUUUUUUUUAAUGCAACCAUUUUUUUUUCAUCUUUUGGAGAGACUAAACUGAUUCCUUCUGAGUCUUUGGCAGAAUAACAGAUAUGUUGUGUGUUCAGGAGUCGGGUGGGUGUCUCCGUGAGCACAUGCGCUGUAUGAUGCGCUCCCUGCAGGACCUGAAACAGCUACACCAGACUAGCGGGAUGGCGCCCUCGUCCGGCCCCUGCAAGCUGCUGAUUGGUCGGCGUGAGCGGCGAGCGCGGCUCCGAAUCAGUGACGCCAGCGACACCAGCAGCUCCGACUCGGCUUGCCGGCUCUCCUGCCCCCCAGAGGACGAGGACAGCAGCGCGUCCAGCAGUCUCGAAUUUGACUCUGGAUACUCUGAGGCGUCGUGGCCCGACGAGGGGCCUGUGGUGCUGCGGCGAUUCAGAAAAGUACGCGCCGCGUCGGCCGACCUCGAUCUAGAACCGAGCCCUCGUCCUAGGACGCGUCCCAAAUCCACGUCGGAUGCCUGCCUGGAAAAGUGGACGUCGUUCGAGGUACCGACCGAACCGGAGGACUGGACAGCGGCGCUGCUGACGCAAGGGCGCAACCGGCAUCCGCUCGUUCUCGGGGAUAACAGCUUUGCCGAUCUCAUUCAGAACUGGAUGGAUUUGCCUGAGUGCCCGUCGGAACCGACAGAACCGAGGCCUAGCGUGAGCAAACGGUUAGCCAAGGACUUUCUGGGCAACGUGAGACGAAGGAUAGCGAGGAUUUCACAGAAUGUAGACGGACAGAAAAAGUUUGUCUCAGACUCGUCUAGGUCAAACAGAGCCGCCACGGCAACCAAGCGACUCUCGUGUCCUGUCGAUGUUCCGCGGAAAAUGCCGUUUUUCCACAAAUCUCACAUGGACCUUCAGGAGCUCGACUCGGACUUUUACCGCUUCACGGCGCUCAUGAAGACGGGCAGCCGACAGCCAAUCAUCUGUAACGACAUCAUCGGGUACAUAUGAGGGACUGAGUGGAUUCUUCUGACUGAAUGGACUCUGAUCUUUACGGACACGCCGCUGUAUUACAGUCACCAUGUCGCUGAUGGUCACGCUAAUAAUAAUGCUAUAUAAAGCUAUAAUAAUAAUAUUAAUAAUAAUAAUAAAGCUUGCUUUUGUAAA